CAGCAAAUUUAAACGACGACGUCUUGCAUUUGACGCGGAGUAGGAAACUCGGCGUGUAGAAACCGGAGUCGUGUCCGUGUGUACUCGUUUUCUGAUCGAUCUUCAUCACCAAUCUUCUUCAUUGAUCCUUCCUCAUAGCACCUUUCCUUUGAUUUCUGAGUUUUUCUUACACUCAAACAAAGAAGAAGAAGAAGAAAGAACAACAUCACAACAUGUUAGAGAAGAUCGGGUUGCCACCAAAGCCUUCUCUGCGAGGUAACAAUUGGGUAGUUGAUGCCUCAAACUGCCAGGGAUGUUGCGCUCAGUUCACCUUCAUCAAUCGCAAGCAUCACUGUAGAAGGUGCGGGGGCUUGUUUUGCAACAGUUGUACCCAUCAAAGAAUGUAUUUGCGUGGUCAAGGUGAUUCUCCUGUACGUAUUUGUGAUCCUUGUAAGAAGCUAGAAGAGGCAGCGCGGUUUGAAAUGCGGCAGGGACGCAGGGCUGGGAGAGGAGGGAGCUUGAAAUCAGCACCUAGAGAUGAGGAUGAAGUUUUGAACCAGAUUCUUGGUCAAAGCGAGGAACUUCUGUCAUCAGGAAAGCAGUCAGCGAGUGAGAAAGAUAGUCCCACUCAAAGACCGGUUGGCAUUGCAUCUUCCUCAAGCACUAAAGUAUUUUCCAAUCACGAUGAUGGAGAUAUACAAAAAAUUGUCUCAAAUGAGAUACCCAAUAAUUUGGGUAUUGAUGUGGAAUCCAGCAGUCCUGAUGAGUUACGUCAGCAAGCUGUAGAGGAAAAAAAGAAGUAUAAGAUUCUGAAAGGAGAUGGGAAACCUGAGGAGGCCCUGAAAGCUUUUAAGAGAGGGAAGGAGCUUGAGAGGCAGGCUGACGCUUUGGAAGUUCAUUUAAGGAAGAUUCGUAAGAAGGUUUUGCCUUCUGGAGGCUUGCCUGACAUGCUUAGCAGCGAUAUUCCUGUAGAGUCUGGCAGAAAAACGAAGUCACUUCCUCAUACGGGUAAAGAAAAGGAUGAUCUUACUUCUGAACUGAGAGAGCUGGGAUGGUCUGACAUGGAUCUGCGUAAUGAAGAUGGAAACAAAGCAAAAAUGAGUUUGGAGGGUGAACUCUCAUCAAUGUUGGGAGAAAUCUUUGCAAAGACAGGUGAAGAAAAGGGGAGCAGAAUUGACAAGACCCAGGUUGUUGCUAUGAAGAAAAAGGCUCUAAUGUUGAAGCGCGAGGGCAAGCUCGCAGAAGCCAAAGAGGAAUUAAAAAGAGCUAAAAAUUUAGAAAAGCAGCUGGAAGAACAGGAACUCCUUGCUGAAGCUGAAGAUUCUGAUGAUGAGCUAUCAGCAUUAAUUCGUGGCAUGGAUGAUGAUGAUAAAGAUUUUUCUAAUCUGCAUGAUCAAGAGCAUGGUUUUGAUUUUGAUCAUCUUGUGGGAACAUCUGAUGACCUUCAUGGUAAUUUUGAAGUGACUGAAAAGGAUAUGAUGGACCCUGAGUUAGCUGGUGCUUUGGAAGCAUUAGGUUGGACUGAACCUGAGAAUUCUUCUUCCAAAUCUCAAACCUUUGACAAAGAAGCAUUGCUUAACGAAAUUAAGUCUUUGAAAAGAGAGGCUCUUAAUCAAAAGCGAGCUGGCCAUACUGAAGAAGCAAUGGCAUUCUUGAAAAAAGCGAAGUUAUUAGAAAGGGACUUGAACAGCUUCGGGUCUGAAGACAAUACUGGUAAUGGAUCUGACUCUAUCCAAUUGGAUGAGAGAAAUAAUAAUGCCACCAAUAAUGCUGCUUCUACAGUGGCACCAAAAAGCCGAUUGAUGAUUCAGAGAGAGCUUUUGAGUUUGAAAAAGAAGGCUCUCACAUUGAGAAGGGAAGGUAAAAUAAAUGAAGCUGAAGAAGAAAUGCGGAAGGGCGCAGCUUUGGAGUGUCAGCUGAUGGAGAUGGAUAAGGCUUCAAAUGGUAAAGCAUCAUCAAUGAAUACUGCUGAUAAUGUCCUUCAUUCAGCACACAAGCAUGCUGAUAGCAAUAGAAAUCCGCCACUUGAGGAAGGAAAUGAAGAUGAUGUAACAGAUAAUGAUUUGUCUGAUCCAAGAUAUCUUUCACUCCUUAGGGAUUUGGGUUGGAAUGAUGACAAUGAUGAACUAUCUAAUUCUCCAAGCAAGCCUUUGAAGAAAGAUGAUACUCAUCCUGUUCAAAUCAGUGAUAGUUCUCUUAGUAAGCAUUCUACAAGUAUCUCGGUUGAAGCACCAAGAAGAAGUAAAGCUGAGAUUCAGAGGGAACUCUUGGGCUUAAAGAGAAAGGCCUUUACUCUCAGGCGUGAAGGAAAAGCUGAGGAUGCAGAGGAAGUUCUUAAAAUGACCAAAGUAUUAGAAGCUAAGUUGGAAGAGAUGGAAGCUCCAAAGAAGGAAGCAAUGGCUGAGGCUACUAUGAUGAAAGGAGAACGCUUCAAUCCAGCAGUUGAUGAAGAAAAGGAUGUGGUUGUUUCAGAAGAGGAUAUGCAAGACCCAGCAUUGAAUUCUAUGCUUACCAAUCUUGGGUGGAAGGAUGAUAAACAUGAACCUGUGACCAUAAAAGAAGAACCUGUUACAGAUGCUACUAGUAGGUUUAAACAUACUGUAGAUCUAUCUAUACGUGAUUACUCUUCAGGCAUUCCUGCUACAGCUUCAAGGAGUAAGGGAGAGAUUCAAAGAGAACUCUUAGUAAUGAAAAGGAAGGCACUUGCUUUGAGGCGCACGGGAGAAAUAGAAGAGGCUGAGAAAAUCUUAAGUAUGGCCAAGAGUUUGGAAGCCCAAAUGGAAGAUUUGGGGAGCCAAAACAAGGACUUGUUACUUGAUGUUUCCAAGGAUGAAAAAUCUUCUCUGUCUGUUGAGGUGGAUAAUGCUUCAGCCUCUUCUGCAGUAGGAUCAUCUAAGAAUGGUGCUGAAUCAGCAAUUGGUUUGGAAAGAACCGACAACAAAACAAACAUUCCGUUUUUAAGGAAGCCCGAUAAUUUAAUUCCCACAACCUCUCAUUUUGCUGACGGUAAGCAUCCAUUCCCUGCUGAGAUGAGUUCUUCAAGUGAAAAUCUUGCAAAAAAGAUGAAAGCAGAAAAAACCAUCAGUCAUAGCUCCGCAGUUGGCCACCCCAUGCCUAUGCUAGAUCUACUUACUAGUGACGAUUGUAGCAGCUCUGAUAUAUCGACUCAGAAACAAAAAGAACAUAAACUUCUUUCGGCUGAUUCAUCUCAGGCAGGUCCAGCUAAAAUUCAGUUGGACUCAUCAGUGAAUCUCAGCCAAAAUCAGGAAUACAAAAACAAUUUUACAGCUCAACAAAGAAGAGUGACUGGUGCAGAUGAAAAGCCAAACAUCAGUGAGCCAAAUUCAAUUCCAGAUAAUGCUUCUCAGGACCAGCUUUCCUUGCGUCAAGAGAUUUUGGCUCAUAAAAGGAAGGCAGUUGCUUUUAAAAGAGAAGGGAAACUAACAGAAGCUAAGGAGGAACUCCGACAGGCCAAGCUGUUGGAGAAGAGGAUGGAGGAUGGAAGUACGCAGCCAAGCACUGCCUCCACCAGCAAUCUUUCCAAUGCACCAAAUGAUGUACAAAAGAAACAAGAUUCGCCAAAUGCUGCUGCAAAGCCUUUGACUAGUCGCGAUCGUUUCAAGUUGCAACAAGAGUCUCUAGGGCACAAACGUCAAGCCCUAAAGCUUCGGAGGGAUGGUCGAGUAAAGGAAGCUGAAGUGGAAUUUGAACGGGCAAAGGCAAUUGAAACCCAGUUGGAGGAGCUGGCAGCUCAUGAUGCCAGUAAGUCAGAUGCAGUAGAUGAUGUGACUGUUGAGGAUUUUCUUGAUCCUCAACUCUUGUCUGCUCUGAAAGCUGCUGGACUAGAAGAUAUAAGUGUCGUCCCAAAAGGCCCAGAAAGGCAAGAGACCGUGAAAUCUAAUGCUAAACCUGAAAACUCUAACCAAGAGAGAAUUCAGCUAGAAGAAAGAAUCAAAUCAGAAAAGAUAAAGGCAGUUAAUUUGAAACGUUCAGGAAAACAAGCUGAAGCCUUAGAUGCUCUCCGCCGGGCCAAAAUGUAUGAAAAGAAGCUGAAUUCAUUAACAUCUGAGUGAUGAUGAUGAAGAAGUAAAUACUGCUACUUCAAGGUGCACAAAGAGGGUUGCUCCUUCCAUUACAUGCAUGUUUACUUUAUCCUCAUACUAAAUAUUGACGAAUAUAUAGAUGAUGAUUAAUAAGUUACAAUUUUCAUCUGAAAAUUGUUAAUGUAGUUCUAAACAUGAAGAGAAUCAAUGUUGUAUAAUGUGUUAACGUUUGAUGUUUGAAACAAGGCCAUUCCUCCAGCUGAUAUAUUACAGGAAAUGUGAACUUGUUUUGGAUUACGUAUACUUCCUUUGUUGUAUGCAGCCAGAGUUGUUGGGCUAUUUGUUUUUGUUA